AUGGCCGGGGGUGGUGGUGUUGGUGUAGGUGGUGGUGGGGUUGCUCCAUUGGGGCCCGUACCGCCGAUGUGGUAUCACCGGGACCUGAGUCGAGCUGCAGCCGAGGAGCUCCUUGCAAGGGCCGGGAGAGACGGCAGCUUCCUGGUGCGGGACAGCGAGAGUGUCAACGGGGCUUACGCUUUGUGUGUACUAUAUCAGAAACAUGUCCACACAUACAGAAUCCUCCCAGAUGAAGAAGGAUUUCUGGCCGUACAGACGUCUCAGGGUGUGCAGCCGAAGCGGUUUAAGACGUUACCGGAGCUGGUGUCUUUGUACCUGCAGCCCAGCCAGGGUCUGGUCACCACCUUGCUUUACACCGUGGACAGAGAGGAAACCGCUAUCAGUGACGACCGGGAUUAUUCAGAUGGGGAGGACGAGAAGCCGCCCCUCCCCCCUCGCUCUGCCUCCACCUCCACUCCCCCAGGACCAGACACACCCACAGACAGCGCUCCAGCAGCUAACGGCCUGAGCACCAUCUCCCAUGAGUAUCUGAAGGGAAGCUAUGCUCUGGACCUCGAGGCAGUCAAACAGGGAGCCUGCUCUCUGCCUCACCUCAACAAGACACUGGUGUCCUCCUGCAAACGCCUCAAUGGGGAGGUGGACAAGGUGCUGUCUGGUCUGGAGAUCCUGUCGAAGGUGUUCGAUCAGCAGAGUGCCUUCAUGGUCUCCAAGAUGAUCCAACAGUCGGUGAAUCAGGGAGGAGACCAGGAGUUGGAGAACCUCGUGACCAAGCUGGCGAUUCUCAAAGACCUGCUGUCCUCCAUAGAGAAAAAGGCUCUGAAAGCUCUUCAGGACAUGAGUUUGUCCUCUCCGUGCUCCCUUCCUCUCUCCAUGCGUCACAGCAAAGCAAUCCCUGUGCAGGCCUUCGAGGUCAAGCUGGACGUUUACCUCGCAGAGCUGACCAAGAUAGGGAAGAGUCAGAAGUACACUCUGUCCGUGGACGUGGAGGGAGGAAGGCUGGUCGUCAUGAAGAAGGUGAAGGACAGCCAAGAGGACUGGACCACAUUCACAUACGAGAAAAUCCGUCAGCUGAUCAAGUCUCAGCGGGUGCAGAAUAAGCUGGGCAUUGUCUUUGAGAAGGAGAAGGACAAGAGCCAGAGGAAAGACUUCAUCUUCGCCAGUGCCAAGAAGCGGGAGGCGUUUUGCCAGCUGCUGCAGCUGAUGAAGAACAAACAUUCCAACCAAGACGAGCCGGACAUGAUCUCCGUCUUCAUCGGCACCUGGAACAUGGGUUCGGUGCCGUCACCUAAAUCUGUGUCGUCGUGGGUUUUGUGUCGCGGCCUCGGGAAGACCCUGGACGAGAUGACGGUCACCAUCCCUCACGACCUGUAUGUGUUUGGCACCCAAGAGAACUCCGUGUGUGAUCGAGAGUGGGUGGAGUCGCUGCGGAUCAUGCUGAAAGAACACACAGAGCUGGAUUAUAAACCGAUCGCGGUGCAGACGCUGUGGAACAUAAAGAUCGCCGUUCUGGUGAAACCGGAACACGAGAACCGGAUCAGCCAUGUGGGAAUGUCCAGUGUGAAGACGGGAAUCGCCAACACGCUGGGUAACAAAGGGGCAGUGGGUGUUUCCUUCAUGUUCAACGGAACGUCUUUCGGCUUUGUGAACUGUCACCUGACGUCGGGGAAUGAGAAGAUUGCUAGGAGGAACCAGAAUUAUCUCGAUAUCCUGCGGCUGCUGUCAUUAGGAGACAAACAGCUGAGCUCCUUUGACAUCUCGCUGCGCUUCACACAUCUCUUCUGGUUGGGAGAUCUCAACUACAGACUGGAUAUGGAUAUACAGGAGAUAUUAAACUACAUUAACAGGAAGGAGUUUGAUCCGCUGUUGAAGGUGGACCAGCUCAACCUCGAGAGGGAGAAGAAUAAAGUUUUUCUACGAUUUGCGGAGGAGGAGAUCUCUUUCCCCCCCACCUACCGUUACGAGCGCGGCUCACGGGACACGUAUGUCUGGCAGAAGCAGAAAGCGACAGGAAUGAGGACUAACGUUCCCUCCUGGUGCGACCGCAUCCUGUGGAAGUCGUACCCAGAAACACACAUCGUCUGCAACUCCUAUGGCUGUACAGAUGAUAUAGUGACGAGUGACCAUUCCCCCGUGUUUGCUACGUUUGAGGUUGGCGUGACCUCCCAGUUUGUUUCCAAAAAAGGGCUGCCGAAGUCCUCCGAGCAGGCCUACAUCGAGUUUGAGAGCAUCGAGGCCAUUGUGAAGACGGCGAGCAGAACCAAGUUCUUCAUCGAAUUUUACUCCACUUGUCUGGAAGAGUUUAAGAAGAGCUACGAGAACGACAGUCAGAGCAGCGACAACGUGAACUUCCUACGUGUCGGCUGGUCCAACAAGCAGCUGACGACGCUCAAACCUCUCCUCUCUGAGAUCGAAUACCUGCAGGACCAACAUCUGCUGCUAACUGUGAAAUCGCUGGAUGGAUACGAGUCCUACGGAGAGUGUGUCUUAGCUCUGAAGUCAAUGAUCGGCAGCACUGCUCAACAGUUCCACACCUACCUGUCCCACCGCGGCGAAGAAACAGGAAACAUCAGGGGGUCGAUGAGGGUCAGAGUCCCUUCUGAAAGGAUGGGAACGAGGGAGAGACUCUACGAGUGGAUCAGUGUGGACAAAGAUGAAACAGGCGGACCUAAAGGGAAAUCCACCCUGGUGACCAGAACAGGACAUGAAUAUGUGAAGCCAUCCGUGGUUCGUAAACAGCUUGGGGAGCUGGGGAAGGUCAGUGAGGAGGGAGAGAGGAGCGGCAAGGAGGAAACUGCUGCAAGGCCCAAGCAGGAUUCGGACAGCGAUCCAUCCAUCAGCAAGAACAGCUACAAUAAUCCUGCCUACUACAUCCUGGAGGGCGUUCCCAACCAGUCCGCAGCCGCCUUGUCCUCUGAGCUUCUCCCGUCUCCUACCUCCGCCAAUCCUCAGGCAGCUAAAGCCCCUCCUCCCUCAGCUGGGGCUCGAACCAAGCCCCCCUGUGCAGUCUCAGCACCCUCACACACACGCAGGCCCAUGACGGGUCACCCGGUCCGAGCCAUUAGUGAGGAGGGCCCCUCGGAGGACGACGGAGGAGCUUUAGUGACGGGGGCGCAAGGUGGAGCCACGGUUGGAAGCACGCUGAAUCGACCCCCUCCUGACUUCCCGCCUCCUCCUCUUCCUAAAGGAGCCCUGGAGAUGGUUGCAGAGGCGCCUUUUCCUAAAUCUCGCCCCCUUUAUCCGGAUUUGGCUGAGGUCAGGAUCCCACCAGCCAAUCCCGGUGCCCAGUUGGCACUUGGGGAGGGUUUCAGGCGAGGAGGAGCAGGGGCGUUGGAUGAUCAGUCGUGCUCCGUGCUUCAGAUGGCAAAGACACUGAGUGAGAGCGAGUUUCCAGGACAGCCUCCACGUGCUCCCUCUGCUCCGCCUCCUCUCAGGGGCCAGGUGAUGGGUUUAGGUUUGGACGCCUGCCGCACCUUCCCACCCAGAAACCCCAUCACAGAGAGUAUCGCAGAGGACCUUCCUGAGGAGGCUCUUUGGGGUAGCAGUAGUUCGUCCUUGUCUGUGGGGGAAUCGUCGGUGGGGGAGUGGCUCCAGAGACUGGGACUGGAGCGGUAUGAACAGGGUCUCCUACACAACGGCUGGGACGACCUGGAGUUCCUCAGUGACAUUACUGAGGAGGACCUGGAGGAGGCGGGAGUGCUCGACCCCGCUCACAAACGAAUUCUGCUGGAGAGCCUCAGGCAGCAGCAACAGAAAUAA